AAAAACAAGAUUGUUGCCGACUGCACAUCUCUCUCUCUCUCUCUCUCUCUCUCUCACACACACACACACACACACACAAAACACCCACAGUAACCAUGGUUACUUUUUCACUAUUCAGAAUACCUCAAACCCAAACUUCAUACACAUGCAGCAAUUUGGGCAAGAAAAUUUAGAAACGCCAAAGGAAAUCAUCUCCAUCUCCAUCUCCAUCUCCAUCUCCAUCUCAUCUGCUCUGCAAAAAAAAAAGAGAAAAAGAGGCAAGAAAUAAAUUCUUUCUUAUUUCUGCUACUGAUUAUUUUGUUCUGAUUUUCUCUCACAGACUCUUAGCAAUACAUACUUUCUCGGAAAGUGGAAGAGCUCGAGAUACUGAUGCCUUGUGUUUGAGAUCUGAGACUAAGAACUGCGGCUUAGUGGGAUUUGAAGAGUGGAGGUUCAAUUUCUGUGAUGAAGUGAUGUUGGAUUGGUUUGUUAGAUGAGUUUGAUUUCCGUGAUUUGGAAAUUUUCAAUCGGGAAGUACUGGAUUUUUUGUUGUUUUUCUCAGUUAUUUGGAUUUUGAAGCUGAGCAGCUAUUGAGAAUUGGGAUUAGAAAUUGGCAUGGGGGUUGUCAGUUGGAGUAAUGAGGAUAAGGCGAUGGCGGCGGCGGUUUUGGGAACUAAGGCUUUUGAUUACUUGUUGUCGAGCUCAGUUUCUGCUGAAUGCUCAUUAAUGGGGAUGGGGAAUGAUGAGAAUUUGCAGAAUAAGCUUGCAGAUCUUGUUGAGCGCCCAAAUUCUUCCAAUUUUAGUUGGAAUUAUGCAAUUUUCUGGCAGCUCUCUAGGUCCAAGGCUGGGGAUUUGGUGUUGGGAUGGGGGGAUGGGUGUUGUCGAGAACCUCGUGAGGAUGAGGAAUCUGAGGUUACUCGAAUUCUUAAAAUGAGGCUUGAGGAUGAAUCUCAGCAGACAAUGAGGAAAAGGGUUCUCCAAAGGCUGCAUACUUUGUUUGGAGGAGGCGGUGAGGAGAAUUACGCGUUUGGAUUGGAUAAGGUAACGGACACUGAGAUGUUCUUCCUAGCUUCAAUGUACUUUUCCUUUCCUAGGGGUGAAGGGGGCCCUGGGAGGUGUUUUGGAUCUAGUAGGCAUGUAUGGUUGCUGGAUGCAUUGAAGUCACCGGUUGAUUUCUGUGUUAGGUCAUUCCUUGCAAAGUCGGCUGGCAUGCAAACUAUUGUUUUAAUCCCAACUGAUGUUGGGGUACUUGAAUUAGGGUCUGUCAGAUGCAUCCCAGAAAGUAUGGAGCUAGUCAAGGUGGUCGAAUCUUCCUUCUCGUCGUACUCUUCGCUCAACAGGUCCAAGCAAACAGCAGCUGCGGCUUUGGCGACAGUAAUGAACAAAAAAGAUACAAAUGGCCAUAUUCCUAACUUGGCUAUUUGUGACCGACCAGAAGUUGUUCCCAAGAUUUUUGGGCAGGACUUGAAGUCCAGUAAUGUGCAAUUCAGGGAAAAUGUUUCCAUUAGGAAACCUGAAGUGCAAGAAAGGACUUGGGACGCAAGUGGAAAUAGGAACAAGCUACCAUUUACCAACAAUAGCAAUGGUCUUCAUGGCGCUACAUGGACACAGUAUAGCAAUUUAAAGCGAGGGAAUCCACUAGAGGUUUACAGUCCUCAGACUCCAGCCAAAAAGCCUGCUGAGAUUGUCAACGGGAAUAGAGAAGAAUUCAUGAUCAAUAAUUUUCAGCAUCAAAAGUCGGCUCAAAUGCAGAUAGAUUUUACUGGAGCGACCUCAAGGCCUUUAACCCCGCAUCCACAGAGUCUCGAGUCUGAGCUUUCAGAUGUUGAGGCUUCAUGCAAGGAAGAGGCUGCAGGCCUAUCAGAAGACAAGAGGCCAAGAAAGCGUGGUAGGAAGCCCGCAAAUGGAAGAGACGAACCAUUGAAUCAUGUAGAGGCAGAAAGACAGCGAAGGGAGAAGCUGAACCAGCGCUUCUACGCUCUAAGAGCUGUUGUACCAAAUAUCUCUAAGAUGGAUAAAGCUUCUCUCCUUGGAGAUGCUAUUGCUUACAUAACAGAACUGCAGAAGAAGCUGAAGGACAUGGAGUCUGAGAGAGAAGGAGUUGGCAGCAUAACGAGAGAAGCAUCUGUUUCGGAAACUUAUUCAAACAGAGAAGCACAAGACCUUCUGGCUUCAAGCAUAAACAUCGUAGCUGACCGUGAAGAAGUCACUGUUAGGGUCAGCUGCCCGUUGGACACACAUCCAGCAUCAAGAGUCAUCCAAGCAAUCAAUGAUGCACAGGCAACUAUAGUCGAUGCAAAAAUGGCUGCAGGGAGUGAGCGAGUGUUCCACACAUUUGUUGUCAAAUCCCAUGGAUCCGAACGGUUAACUAGGGAGAAGCUGCUUGAAGCAUUUUCCCGUAGAUCCAGAUCACCCCAUCAGUUAUCUCUCGGGUAAUAGAGUUAUGGUGUUGAACAAAUUAAGUUAGUUGCUUUGCAGUGUAUCAUCAUAGAAGCUUUUGAGGAGAUUUUGAUAUACAGCAGUUAAUGCUAGAAAUAGGGGAGGAAAACUUUGUUUUGGCCUUCUAGGAUAGCAAAUCUCUAGUUGCUUAUAGUUUUAUACAUAUUUAGUCGAGUCACAAGUCGCAAGAUUAAUUAAACCUAUCAAUUUUAGAUAUCAUCCUUAUUUAUUUUCUUCUUUUUGGGUCU